CGAGACGUGCACACUGGUGGGGUCUUGUCUCCAGGCAUCGUACAUUUCGUCGAUGUAGUUGGAGUUGUUGCCUUGCAAGAAGGAGUCGGUGGCGCUGGCGAACCAACGCUUGGUGAAAGGACCACCAACCACCGGUCUGAGUUGUGCCUUCAACACCUGGGCGCGUGGGACGGCGCUUCUGAAAGCUCUAAGCAUGAUGAUCUGAUUGUUUGAUUGAUUAUAUCUUCAUCAACUGGAAGAAUAUGAGAGGUCAAUUGGAUUUUUUCCACGGUCGAAAAUGGGGAUCGUUGGCGAGGGAAGAGGUGGGGAGGGUGGUGGUAAGUACAGGACGGUGCGCACUACGGUUGCGGGGGGCAGAAGGUGGAUCCGACGGGGCCCGGGGCGGUAGGCCAGGGGUGCCGUGGAGGCAGGAACGGCUGGGACGGCUGGUGAAGGCUGGGCCAAUAGGACACGCCAGCGGGACAACUCCGUGGCAGUUAUUCGCGCACAUCCCGGAGAAAAUGAUUGGUUGGCAGUCCCGGAGCGAGCACCCGGGAACUCCGAAGAUCUGGCAAAAGGAGUUGGAUGGGGCAGGGUCCACGCUGGACAGCUAGAGCACGGGCAGGCAAGCGACUUGGUACUGGCUGGUUAAGUAGGG